AUGCGCCGUCUCUCGCAGCUCGAGGACUUGGACCCGAGCGCCGUCGCGAAGGGCCUCAGCGAGUCCGAGGCGGCCGUCGUGUCGGCCAAGGAUGACUUGGAACGGGCCGAGGCCCAGAUCGGCGUCGAAGUUUACAUGGCUAUGCAGGGUGCUCUGUCGCUCAAGUAGGAGUUGUCGCGAUUUGUAGUUUUGCUAUGCAGAUGCGCGUAAACGAAAACGGGAAAGAAGGAUG